AUAUAUAUAUAUAUAUAUCGUAUAUUUAUUAAUUUACAUAUUCAUAAGUUUUUAUACUUCCUUUUUAUCUUCUCCCUCGACAAAAAAAUCACAACUUCCCAAAGGGUAAUCUUUUACGAACAUACUCCCUGUAUUUAGUGCUUUUUUGUAUAAGAAUGAAAAGGAAUUAAUCAAUCCAAAAAUGAUUUUUAUAUAUAUACUUUCUAUUUGAAUUGAAAUAUACUUUUUAUGUUGAAUUUUAAUUAAAUUUUGGAAGUAAUUCAUUAACUGACUUGGACAAAUAUUUGGUGUUUAGAUUGGACAAAUUGGUGUUUAAAUUCUAUAAUAGCCAGUUCUAUGAUUUUUAACAAUUACCAACGCGUUGUAACUACACACUACUGGCAGUAAUCAUUUCUGUGACGUGUACAUGUAAUUAAAUAAGCUAAGAAUGCAUUAGGAAACCUAUUAACUUCAGAUAACUGUUGAAUUAAGUAAUCUUUUUUUAAUUAAGCCGUAAUUUCAAACAAAAUACAUUGGAAGAUUACAAAAAUUAUACUUUGCCAGUUAUUUGAGAUAUCAGCCGUUCAGUGAAACUUCAGAUUCCACAGAUUUUAGCUAUUUAUACGUGUUUACAUCAUUCGGAUGGCAAAAAUCAGCACAUUGAGAUAAAAUGAAGUAAACAACAGUGAAAUUAAAAAUGCACAGAUUAGGUCACCGAUCCCUCGAGCACAAUUAUCAUCCAUCUGCACACAUGUAUGACACCAGUGUGACAUUCUUGCAGAAAGACAGAAAUCUAACACAAACAAAGUUCAAUGAAAUUAAUAUCAAAACCGGCCUGCAAAAGCAAACUAUCAAUUCAGGAAUCAAAACUGAAAAUUCAAAUUCACAAUACACGGGACUUGCUUCUUCUUUUCGAAAUUGAAACCAUAAUUCGAUGUUACGACUCGAGAAGAGAUUUGGCGAGAAUGAAAUUUUACCUUUGGCAGAAUAGCUUUAUUUAUCUCGUUGCGAUUGGAAGCGAUCGACCAGUUUCGAGACUUUGCAGUUCGAUUUCUUUCGAACACACAAACAAACACGCCGGGGACAUUUUCGUCGAAAAACCGGCACGAAGUAAAAUUUAG